AUUAUCCUGCCUUCGUCUCUGAGAUUUAAUAACCAUGUAGUAUGCCUUGCUGCAUGCGUCUCUGUCGCACAUUAGUAUUUAGCGUAAGGUAGAAAGAAAUAAAAAACGUUACACCCUACCAUAUCGACGCUGCCACCUCCCGUCUAUCCGAGCCUCAUUCUUGCCUGUGCGCGCGCGUCGAACGCACAUCGUCCGAGGAGUACUUAACCUACGCGCUUGAAGCCCUGCUUCUCAGUUUUAUAUUCUUAUACUUUUUAUUACAAAGUAAGUGCUUACAUUUUGUAAUGCCGAAAAGGAAAUCAGACGAAAGUAAAGAAGAUAGGUGGUUAAGGAAAAAGAAGAAAUACGAGGAUAAACUAAACAAUAAACGCAAAAAUCGGAUUAUCUAUUCAAGUGACGAAGACGAUGAAGAAAAUGCCGAUCAUCUCAUUAUGGAAGAUAUUCCCAUAGAAACUGAUUCCUGCGUGGAAAUACCGUCGAAUAGCAAUGAUCAACUACCCACAUUGCCGACGCCCGACGAGACAAAUCCCACUACUCAACCAGAUGAAGAGGUUGACAUGGAGCUACUCCAAACCUUGGGAGAACUGGAACCUGAGGCCAUGGAAUGGGGUGAGGACGUCCACGACAAUAUUGCGAAAAGGUACCAAAUUACUCUUGCUAAUGGGCUAAAAAAAGACAUUAAAGAGGAGCUAGGGAAAAAGUACCUCUUUCCUAAAAAUGUACCGUUAUGUAAAGCACCGACCCUUAACCCAGAGAUAGCAAUAUUGCUGUCUGAACAAAACAGGAAUAGAGACAAGACCAUCAUGACUAAGCAAGAUCAGCUGGGCAAAGCCUUAACCGCCCUGGGGACAGCAAUGUCUUCACUUAUUAAGAAAAAUCCAGAUAUUCCAGUUGUACUGAGGACACUAAAUGAUUGCAGUCUCUUAUUGGCUGAUUCUCACUAUGCUGAAAGCUAUACUAGGCGUUCCCUUAUAAUACCGCUAGUGGACAAAGCCCUUAUAGAACCUUUAAAAGAGAGAAAGAGGGAUAGCCUAUUGUUUGGUGAAAAUCUAGGUCAAAUGGUUCAAAAUUCAAGAGGCAUUAAAAGAACCAGUAAUUUAAUGCAAGGGCCGUCUACUUCAACGUCAAGUUUAAACUGGAAACGCCCACCUGUUCGUCCCUUUCAACCUCGCACCAACACGUAUCAACCUGUGCGAGCGGGUGGGCGACCAGCAGCCGCAUACUCGAGGCGCGGCCGAGCCACGCUUCCCGCAGCAACAGCAGCGAGGCGCCCGGCCCCCCCGCCACCGCCGCCGCCGCAGGCGCCAGCCCGGCGUCAGACGCAGACAUACUGGCGCCAAGCAGCGCCGCCCGACCGCCACAUAUUGUAGGCAAUACGGCGUUACCAGAGGUCAUCUCAUCCCCUCCACCAACACCUUUCCCUGGAGGCAGCUGUGUUAUCAGGGAAGCAUUCAUGAAACAAAACGUCCCCGAGGCAGCGCUAGAUACAAUGAUAAGUUCUUUAUCACCUAACACUUUG